AUGGCAUCGAUGACCAUGACAGCAACAUUCCUCCCGGCCGUCGCGAAGCUUCCGUCAGCCACCAGCGGACGAAGGAUGUCCGUAGUCAGAGCCUCAACGAGCGAGAACACAACCAGCUUAGAAGUCAAGACCAAGGAGGAACAGACCAGCACCACAAUGAGGAGGGAUCUCAUGUUCAAUGCUGCAGCUGCGGCCGUUUGUUCCUUGGCUAAAGCAGCCAUGGCGGACGAGGAGGAGCCCAAGCGUGGGACGGAGGCGGCUAAGAAGAAAUACGCUCAGGUUUGCGUCACAAUGCCUACCGCCAAGAUCUGCCGCUACUGAUUCAACCAUCCACCUUUCAUGUCCCUCUCUCUAUCUCUCUUUCUAUUGUUCGGUAAAAUUUCUCAUAUUUGGUAUGUAAUCAUAUGUUUGAUCAAAAUAUUAUAAUCUUCAACUA